AUGGAGAGAUUAACCAACGGAAUAACUGCAAGCCCUCCUGCAGAGGCAGCCCCUGGGUCCCCAGAGGAGCUAGACCGCCACCAUGUCUUUCUCCUCCAAUGCAUCGAGAUUACUGGACAUGAGCUUGACUUCCGACUGAUCGGCCUCGUGCUGGAGAUCAGCACUGAGCAAGCGGAGGCCGAAUAUUCUCGGCUCCGCAGACGAAUUUACGCUGCGACCACCCCCGCAACCAACGCCAAUGAGCCGGACGUGGCCGAGGAUGCCGAUUCCAACUAG